CCUCCUACAGGUUCGCGGUGCUCCUCUUCAACUGCCUCCUCACCUUCGGCUCCUACUUCUGCUUCGACAUCCCCAGCGUCCUGCAGGAGCAGUUCCAGGGGAACUUGACCUGCCCCAAUGGAACCCAUCAUAACAGCACCGGGCAUAAUAGCACGCUGGACUGUGUUGAAGGCUUGGGAAUGACACCUGCACAAUACAAUUUGCUGUAUGCGAUCUAUGCUUGGACAAAUGCAGUAGUGGUUAUUCUGGCAGGAUUCCUGAUUGAUAAACUAGGAAAUCGCUUUGGUGUCUUUGUUUUCUCUCUUCUGACUGUGCUGGGAUCAUCAAUCUUUGCUCUAGGCUCACAUUUCAAGGGGUCGCCAUACCUCCUACCAAUGAUGCUAACAGGAAGACUGCUCUUUGGCUCUGGGAAUGGGUCACUUACUAUUGUGCAGAAUCGUAUCACAGCCUUCUGGUUCAAGGGGAAGGAACUGGCACUGGCAUUUGGACUGACUCUGUCUUUCUCCCGUCUUGGGAGUGUCCUCAACUUCUUCUUCACCCAGCAGUUUGAGGCAAAAUUUGGAAUGCAGUGGACACUCUGGGGAGGUACCCUGCUCUGCGUGCUUGGGUUUGUUUCAGCCCUCACAGUCAGUGUACUAGAUAAAGUGGGCAUGAAGCAACUGGGCUUGGAUGGGGUUAUCCAGCAAGAAUCCAAAAAAGUGCGCAUUCAGGACAUCCGGCGACUUCCCCUUCGCUACUGGCUCCUGGUCUUCACCAUCAUGUUCUUCUACAAUGGAGUCUUCCCCUUUGUGGCAGACGCCAGCAAGUUUAUCCAGGACAAAUAUUCUGGUUACAGUCAGCAGGCAGCCGCUUAUAUUGCUGGGGCAGUGUACGACAGCUCCCUUGUUCUCUCUGCAGCAGUUGGCAUAUUAAUUGACUACGUUGGACUGAGAGGCGUCUUUGCUGUUGGCUGUGCUGCAUUGACUCUGCCAGUCUUUGCUCUCCUGGCAUUUACGUUUGUUCCUCCGUUAGUCUCUACCAUAUGGUUGGGGAUUACUUACUCCUUUGCUGCUGCUAGUAUGUGGCCAUCCAUACCUCUUGUGGUCCCCCAAGCAACUUUAGGGACAGCUAUGGGGCUUGCAACUUCUGUGCAGAUGAUUGGCGUUGGCCUUUCGAAUCUGAUCGUUGGACACAUUCUAGGAACAAAGUCCAGUGAAUUAAAGAUCCCCCUGUGGCGCUGGCAACAGAUGAUGAUCUUUAUGUUGGCAAACACUAUUGCAUGCAUUGUUGCCUCCGUUAGCCUCAAUGUUGUGGACAAGAAACAGGGUGGGACACUGAACAGAACAAGAAAGGGAGCACCUGUGGAGCAGGAGGAAAGAGACCCUGCAGAUGCAGCACCGCUCCUUGAUGAUGAAACAGGAGACGAAGGCUCUGUCAGCUGA